AUGGACAUUUCCAAGUCUGACCCCGUCGUCAUCGUGGGCGGCGGCGCGUUCGGCCUGUCGACCGCGCUGCACCUCUCGCGGGCGGGGUUCCACAACGUCACCGUCCUCGAGAAGGACACGCAGAUCCCGCCGCGCUCGUCGGCCGCCAACGACCUCAACAAGAUUGUGCGCGCCGAGUACGAGGAUCCGUUUUACACGGAUCUGACGAUUAAAGCCAUCGCGGCAUGGAAGACCUCCGUCUUCGCCCCUCACUUCCACCAGACUGGGUUCCUGCAUUGCGUGUCGGGGGCGGCGCCAGACAAGGCCAGGGCCACCCUCGACCGCUUCCAGGCGUCUGCCGAGCAGCACCCUGCCAUGCGCCCGCACGUCGUCCGCCUCGACGGCAAAGCAGCCAUCACGGAACACGUCUGGCAGCUGCAGAGCGGCACUCUGGAGGGCUGGCGCGGGUACCUGAACCGUUACGACGGGUACGCGCACUCGGCUGACGCGCUCGUCGCGGUGCAUCGCGAGGCCUCGGCGCGCGGGGUGCGCUUCCUCCUCGGCGAGGAAGGUGACGUCGGGGGCAUCAUCUACGAGGACGGCGGCCCUGCGGGGAGGGUCGCUGUCGGGGUGCGCACCCGCAGCGGACGCGUUCAUAAAGCGCGGCUCGUUGUCGUCGCGGCCGGUGCGUCUGUGGCGAAGCUCAUCCCGGAGCUGGCGUCACGCGUGGUUGCCAAGGCGUGGUCCGUCGCGCACGUCCAGCUCACCGACGACGAGGCGUCUGCGCUGCGCGGCAUGCCCGUCACGUACGCGCGCGACCUGGGCUUCUUCUUCGAGCCAGACCCCAAGACCAAGCUGCUCAAGUUUUGCCCAAUGGGCGCCGGCUACGUCAACACGGACAAGACGAGCGGCGUGUCGCUCCCGCCGCAGUCAUUGGAGGAGAGCGGGUUCAUGCCGGCCGACGACGAGGACAAGGUCCGCACGCUGCUUGAUCACACGCUGCCGUGGGCCAGGGACCGGCCGCUCGUCAACCCGGCGCUGUGCUGGAUCGCGGACACGAGCGGCUCGGACUACACAAUCGACUACGUGCCGAAGACGGGCUCGUCCGUCAUUGUCAUGACAGGAGACUCUGGCCAUGGGUUCAAGAUGUUUCCGAUUGCCGGCUCGUGGGUUACGGACCUGCUCGAGGCGGGGGCUGAGCAGCCUAUUGCGCGAUGGAGGUGGAAGAGUGCGCCUCGUGAUGGGGCCAGCGGGGACUGGGGAGCCGAUGUGAGCUGGCGCCUUGGAGAGACGAAAGAGUUUCGUGAUGUGAAGCCGCCCGGGGCGAAGCUGUAG